CGUACUAAAACUAGAAAAAGAAAAAUGUUUUCAGAGGAAAAGAAUAAAAACAGAAAUUAUGGAUCAAUCUUUGUGUACUGCUUCUUCUGCUUUGUACUCGUUGUGGAAGUCGCAAGAUUCGCAAAACCUUAUUACAACCUUCAAAACCUAAUGGAGACAGAAGCAAUAGUAGAAGAAGGAUUCUUGGACGUGGAGAACUCAGGGAGACUUCCAUGUCACUCCUCGGGAUCUGGCUCUGUCUCUGUUCCUGCUCGGAGUCACCAGAAGCUCUCGGAUACAAUAAGGCAAGAGUCGAGAGCUCGUCCCCCAACUUCGUACUGCUUGAAGAUCCAGUCUUUUGCCACUCUGUCGAAACUGGUCAAAGACAACGGUGACAUGUAUGAGUCACGUCCGUUCUCCGUCGGUGGAUACAAUUGGACUUUCCUAAUCUACCCGAACGAGAACAAGCCACAGGGCUCGGGUGGAUAUGUUUCGCUUUACGUAAGAAUCGAUAACUCAAGCCUCAUCGCCAAUCCAGAAGAUGUUUAUGCAGAGAUCACGUUCCUCGUCUAUAAAAGCACUAUAGACAAGUACCAUAUACUCAAGGGUUACGUGGAAGCCAAGUUACGAGUUAUUGACCAGAGCCGAUCCAACCAUGUGGAGAAACAAGUGCGGGGAUGGCCCAAUGCAACAGAAAAUGGAUGGGGUUUCGAGAAGUUUAUACCUCUUGCAGAUAUCAAAGACACAUCCAAAGGUUUCCUUGUCAAUGAUAGCCUCAAACUUCAAAUCGAGAUCUUGUCCUUCUCGAAAACCGACUCUCUCUAAGUUUAAAAUGAUCCCACAUUCACUUCUUUGUUGCUUUUUUUCCUCCUUUUUUUUAAAACCGGAGAUAGUAAUUUAGUCAAAAACCAGAUUAGUCUCCGCUAUGGCCAAGUGGAUUACUACAAUUACAGUACUUUGGGUCACUGCUUUUGUUUCUGUUCAAUAAUGAAAAGUUUGAGCUUUU